CCUAACACUUCUUCAAUUCAUUUACUCUCCCACUCCCUUCUCCUCUCUUACUUCCAUGUCCCUGCCCCGCCCUUCCUUUCUCCUGCUCCCUUCUCUCUCUCUGGCCCUUCUCUUUCCUUUCCAUUUCCUGCCUCUGUCACUCCCUUGUUCCUACUUAUCCCUCCCUGUUAUUUCGGCUCCUUCCCCACCUUUUCUUUCUACUCUCCCUCCCUCCCUCUCAUUGUCCACCGUCUGACUUUAGCCAACACUUUGCCAGUGUUUCCAUGCAGACAGUCGCCAUGCGUACAUCGUACUUCGGAAGUCUGAAUUUGACCGAUACUCUUUUAUCCCCGUUAUCUCUUUUAGUUUAGUUUUCUCUCUCACACUCUCUCCUUUGAUAUCUCUCUCUGCUCAUCAUCUCUCCUUUACUAUUCUCUCUCCCCCUUCUCUCCAUUGCUAGGUCCGGACUAGAGGUCCAAAGCGGCACUCACACUCCCACAGACCUCCGCAGUCAACUCAAAACCACAUUGCGCAACUUCAGCAAGAGAAAGCGCAGAUCCUGCAUCACUCGGCCAAAAUGGAACAUCUGAAAAAGAACUACGUCAAUCAGUUGACAAAUGCACUUCGCGAUCAGCAGAAAUACACCCCUGGCUCACAAGAAUUCCAGGAAGUCCAUCGUCUGGUGAAACAUAUAGUGCAGGACAUGCAUGCACAGAUCGGAACACCUGAAGAUUGCAACGUCAGAGAACAUGCCGAGAGGGAAAAACUCCUGGAAAUAGAGGAACAGUUGAAAGCCUUCAAACACUCGCGAUUUAAGCCUCUCUCGUCUCCAGAGAAUAGUCAGGUCUCUGGAAGAGAUGGGUCUUCUCAAUGGAGCAGCCCGCCACUGUCCCACAACUCGGACGAAAACUCUCUUCUGACGGAAAUGCACAACCCCAGCUCUCACCAUCACUCCGCGAUGACUCAGAGCCAAAACGAGAGCGGUUUCUGCGAGGUGGACAGCGACGUAACAGCCUCUUCCCACCACCGCAGCAAGCAGAUCCACAGCCCAAACUCGACGGAGUUCCUCACUUACUCCUCGGAUCUUUCCGGAACAACCGCUCCCGUGCUGCGGUACUACAACAUGCAGCGCUCGGCGUCUGUAGAAGACACAUCAGCGCAGGAUCAGGAAGGGCCUGCUGAUGUUCUGGCAGCACUCAUCAAAAACACUCCCCAGCUCCACAGAUCAAACGCUAAGUACCGCACGGCCACAUCACUUAGCCAAGACACCUAUAGCAGCGAGUUCCGCCCACCAUUCAUUGGCCACCCUCCAAACUCGAUUUCCCUCUCACAGAGCUCAGCGCGUGCGUAUCCACCCUACUACCGAAAGCCAGGAUCGCCGGCCUCAAGCAGCGACACCAGCAGCAUGACUUCGUCAGUCGCUCACAGGCUAGGCUCGGGCCCAGGGAGCAUGGUGUCCUUCACGACCGAUUCUUCAACGAGGUCCAACACCACCAACAAAGGUCUUCUCCCACGACCUCCCUCCCUCGCGAGCACAUCCGGUAGCGCACCAUCCGUCCUCUCAAAACCAGGCUACCCCUCCUUCGGAGAAUUCAGUCAGCGAAGUCGCAGUGAGUACAGCUUCCCCUCCUAUACACCAAGCCUCGCCACGACAUAUGACUCUGACAAUGACGAAGAUCCUCCCGCAAUCAAGCCAAGUCCGAAGCACAGCCGAGACGGAGGUCCCAUGGGUCGACGACAAAACGUACAACUGAGAAAGCAACACAAGGACGGGAGCCCCAUGGAGGUGUAUGGGAGAAGAAGAGAAGGGAAGAGGAUGCAGCCGAACCAGCCACGCAUCCCCGAGGAAGGCAGUGAGCGAGACUCCUUCACCAUGAAGCUGGAGAUGGUCCUCUCUGUCCUGUCGCUCGUGCUCAACAACAAGGAUCAGACCGAUGCCGAUGCGGCCCGGAUGCUUCUCGCCCUCUCUCAGUCUCCCGAGACGUGUAGCGUCAUGCGACAGUCUGCGUGCAUGAACAUGCUCAUCCAAAUCAUGCACAACAUCGACCGCAAGGGGGAGAAGAGUCACAGGGAAGUCCGCGCAAAGGCCGCAGAGGCCCUGCGCAACAUUGUCGAGUCUACGGACAAGACAAGACAAGGCAAGCACGAGCUGUGUGUUCUGGCAGUGCUGGAGAAAAUCAGAGGUCACUGCGAUGCCAUUUUCGAGUUCAUCCACUCGAUCCCGAGCACGAGAAAGGUGGAAGCUUCUGAGCGAGAGCUGCUGCAGAACUCGUGUGAAUUUCUCAUACAGCCAAUGAGAAAGCUAUACAAGUACUCCAACGAGAAAGACCACUAUCGCCCAGCAGUCCUCACUCUUGGUGGGCUUCAAGCAACAGCCGAGCUCCUCGUUGUCAACUUCCGCCUCAUGACCAGCCAGAAACCGGGCACUGCUACAGAGAAACCAGUGUGCCACUCAACCAAAACGAUCGCCUUUGCAAUCUCCAUCCUCGUAAAUCUCACCCACGGUGACAUCCACAACAAAUCUGCCUUGUGCAUGUUCCCAGACCUCCUCAAAGCGCUGAUGCAUCACCUUCGGCUCAAGCAGGAGACCCUCAUUACCAGUGGAGCCCAGCUUCUCCGAAACCUCUCCUGGAAGGCCACUGCCGACAUCAAAGAUUCCCUGCUCAAGUGCGACGCUGCCAUCGUUCUCAUCGAGGCUCUGAGAUACGUGAGCGAUGAGCAGACGAUCCAACACAUCACCAGCGCCCUCUGGAAUCUCUCGGCUCACUCGAUGGAGAACCGAGACAAGAUCUGCACAACAGAUACGGGCCUCAAGCAGCUGGUGGAGCUCCUCUCCUACAACAGCCCCACGGGAACACCAGUUGUCGUGGAGAACAUCGGUGGAAUCCUCAAGAAUCUUUCGGUCGUCAUCAUGCAACAGGAAGAGUACCGCAAGAAGUUCCGUCGCUCGGGUGGUCUCGGGAAGCUCGUUCAACACCUCAAGUCGAAGAACAAGACGGUUCUAGCCAACGCCACAGGGACACUGUGGAACCUGUCGGCUCGUUUCCCCGAAGACCAGAAGACGCUAUGGGACCUCGGUUGCGUUCCUCUACUGGAUGUGCUCCAGACAGCCCACCACAAGAACAUCGCCGAAUACGCACGUGGAGCUCUCAGAAACCUCUUGGCGUUUGGACGCUCCAACGGUUGGACCAGCAAGUCCGACGUGACAGCCUACAAUAUCAAGACGCAGCGAGAGCUUUCGAAAUCUCUCUGCUACGCUGCCAACCAGGUCUUCAAUCACCCUUCGAGCCAGGGGAAGCACAGCAAUGAGUCACUUCACAGUCGCCGGAGCCAACCGGCCAAAACCCUCGGGAGCGACGGCCCUUUGGAUCAGAUGCGAUUGAGCAACGAGCAGAUAACGAGCGGUGGAAGCAUGAGGGACAGCGCCCGAACGCUGCGAGGCUGCGACAGCAAAGAUGGUGGGGACGGGGACUCAAGUGGGGAAGAAUACGUCCAGAUGGAGAGAAACCGCCUCAAGUUCAACAGAGUUGCAUCAGUACCGGAGACGGUCCGGAAUCAUAAGGAGAAUGAGUGGUCGAGCUACAUGCCCGGAUCACACGGUCCUUCCGGCAAGCAGAGUCUCUUCAUGGCCAGCCAGGGUUUCCCUGGGGAAAAGGUGGUGGACGUAAGACGAAAGAAGACGUCGCAGGGGGUGAUUCGAGUCAAGGAUCAGACUGGAUUGAGAUCUCUCUCGCAGUCCGAGUCGUACCACCUGUCGUCUACGUCGAAUUCCGACGGCCAUUCGGGGAGUGGCGCCAGCUUCUGCAUGCCUCAGCAGCUCUCAAACGAGCCUGGGGAAACUGCGAGCGCUAUUCUUCCGUACAGCGAUCUGUCCCAUUCGACCAGACAUGGUGGGCCAGUAAUGUACAGCGCCGAUCUCGAAGUCGACGACGAAGAAAGUGACAGUAUCGACCAACCGCUACCAAUACACCGUAAGCAAUCAGAUGGGGGGUACCACCCGCGGAAUCUCGGGAACAGGGGAAUGGGAAUGGUACCUAAGAGUCCCUCCAUAGGUGGUACCAUUAACUUAGCACUCGACGGACUUCUUCAUGGAGACAGCACAAAAGUGACAAGUGUUUGAGCACUUUUGCGCGAGAUUUUCAAGAAAACAGACCUACAAAAUACUCCUCAACAAUAAUUUGUUUUAAUUAUAGCAUAUUAUAUAUGUCCGCAAAUAUUUUUAAAAAGAUUGCAGCUGUAUACUUAUGUAUGAUGUAUGUAUGUCACAUCAAGCAACCUUGUCAUGUUUUGCCAACAUGCUUAUUGUCAUUAUUUAAUCUCAUGUUUUGUUGUAAAAACCGAAAAUGUUAGUUUGUAAAGUGGUUGUGAAAUAUAUGAUGCGUACUUGAUUCACCUUCGACCAG